CAGGGCGCGGAUGUCCACUAGUGUGGAGAUCCCUCCCUCCCUGUCCUUCCUACCUCCAGCUGCUGUGUGCUGCAGUCGGCCUGCCUGCCCUGUCUGCCUCGUCGCCUGCUGGGAGUUGAGUUGUAGGGUCGGGGGGGCGAGAAACCGUUGAGGGAGAGCGAGCAGAGGGGGGGGGACGUGUGGAUGUGUGGGUCUCAAACUGGAAACCACCACCAAAGGAGCGCAGACUCUUAACCAUUCAAACCGACUUCCAAGCCCUUCGGACAUGCUGUUGACACUACUUCUGCCGGAAGGACCCUAAACUUGCGCGAUUGUUUUUUUCUUCUUCUGUGGUUUCAGCAGUGCUGUCGCGCCGUGCCGACUGCUCGGAUAGUUGAGAGGAUUCAUUGGUUGGAGCAGGAUUGCGCAUUGGCCCUGCCGUGUAUCCGCCGCUUAUCCUGAGGGAAGAGGAACAAUGAAGCGAUAAACGUUUCCUCCUUUCUCCAAGUCCCGCUGCAGACUUAAAUCCCGCUAAAGAGUCUAAAAAAAAAAUCUCGCCCCUUCUUCCCCUGGCUUUCAUUUUUCUCGUCUUGUUUGGGAUGCGUCGGUAGCUGUAGGAUCCCGCUUGUUGACAGUUUGUUUUUCUUUAUACAAGAAGUUUACAACAAGUUUCGGACAUAGGAAGACGGAAAAUGUCCACACCGAGGUUCAAAAAGGAUAAAGAAAUUAUCACGGAGUACGAGAGUCAAGUCAAAGAGAUCAGGACCCAGUUAGUGGAGCAGCAGAAAUGUCUGGACCAGCAGACAGAAAUGCGGGUCCAGCUCCUGCAGGACCUCCAGGAUUUCUUCAGGAAGAAGGCGGAGAUUGAGAUGGAGUACUCCAGAAACCUCGAGAAGCUGGCCGAACGCUUCAUGGCAAAGACUCGCAGCACUAAAGAUCACCAGCAAUACAAGAAAGACCAGAAUCUGCUGUCACCAGUCAACUGUUGGUACCUGCUGCUGAACCAGGUGAGGAGGGAGAGUAAGGACCACGCAACACUGAGUGACAUCUACCUCAACAAUGUCAUCAUGAGGUUCAUGCAGAUCAGCGAGGACUCUACACGGCUACUCAAGAAGAGCAAAGAAAUAGCCUUUCAGCUCCAGGAAGACUUAAUGAAAGUCCUCAAUGAGCUAUACACAGUGAUGAAGACGUAUCACAUGUACCACUCGGAGAGCAUCAGCGCUGAGAGCAAGCUGAAGGAGGCUGAGAAGCAAGAAGAAAAGCAGAUUGGCAGGGCUGAUCCUGUCUUCAGCAUUCGAAUGGAGGAAAAAUACCAGAGGCGCAGCUCUGUGAAGAAAAUUGAGAAGAUGAAAGAGAAGCGUCAAGCCAAGUACUCCGAGAACAAGCUGAAGUCGAUCAAAGCGCGGAACGAGUACCUGCUGACGCUGGAAGCCACAAACUCAUCCGUUUACAAAUACUACAUCCACGACUUGUCGGACUUAAUUGAUUGCUGUGAUUUGGGAUACCAUGCCAGUCUGAAUCGUGCCCUGCGGACUUACCUGUCUGCCGAAUACAACUUGGAGACGUCACGCCACGAGGGUCUUGACAUCAUUGAAAAUGCAGUGGACAGUUUAGAUCCACGAAGUGACCGACAGAGGUUCAUGGAGAUGUACCCUACGGCCUUCUGUCCACCAGCAAAAUUUGAGUUCCAGCCUCACAUGGGAGACGAAGUAUGUCAGAUCUCAGUGCAGCCACCAGUGAAUGGGGAGCUUAUACUGAGGUUCCAGCAGCUGCAGUCUCGCAUUGCUACUCUGAAGAUUGAAAAUGAAGAGAUCAAAAAGACAUCAGAGGCAACCCUGACCACCAUCCAGGACAUGGUGACCAUUGAAGACUACGAUGUGUCUGAGUGCUUCCACCACAGCCGGUCCACCGAAUCAGUCAAGUCCACAGUGUCAGAGACGUACCUCAGCAAGCCCAGCAUCGCCAAGAGGAGAGCCAACCAGCAAGAGACGGAGCAGUUCUACUUCAUGAAAUUCCGUGAGUUUUUGGAAGGCAGCAAUCUCAUCUCCAAACUGCAGGCCAAGCACGACUUGCUGAAGAGGGCACUUGGUGAAGGCCACCGAGCUGAAUACAUGACCACAAGACAUCCCAAUGGGCCGUACAGAACCCUCACUGGCACCCGGCGGGCUAGACCCCGCUCUGUUUUUAAUGUUAGGUUAUUUAAUGGCAAUUUGGAGUCAUUUAUCAAGGACUCUGGACAAGCUAUUCCUCGUGUGGUUGAAAGUUGUAUUCGCUACAUAAAUUUGUAUGGCCUCCAGCACCAAGGAAUAUUUCGUGUAUCUGGAUCUCAGCUGGAAGUCAAUGACAUCAAGAACUCAUUUGAGAGAGGAAAUGACCCUCUGGCAGACGAUGAGAAUAAUCAUGACAUCAAUUCGGUGGCUGGCGUUCUCAAACUGUACUUCCGGGGUCUGGAGAACCCACUUUUCCCCAAAGAGAGGUUCAAUGAGCUGCUCUCGUGCAUCAGAAUAGAAAACCUGUAUGAGCGAGCGCUGUACAUCCGUAAGAUCCUCCUGACCAUUCCCAGAUCAGUCCUCAUUGUGAUGCGCUACCUCUUUGCCUUCCUCAACCAUCUGUCCCAGUACAGUGAUGAGAACAUGAUGGACCCGUACAACCUGGCCAUAUGUUUUGGCCCAACACUCAUGCCCACACCAGACAGCCAGGACCAGGUCUCAUGCCAGGCCCACGUCAACGAGAUCAUCAAGACCAUCAUCAUCCACCAUGAGACCAUCUUUCCUGAUGUCAAAGAACUGGAUGGGCCCAUCUAUGAGAAGUGCAUGGCAGGCGGGGACUACUGUGAGAGCCCCUAUAGCGAGCAUGGAGCCCUGGAGGAGGUAGACAAUGAGGGAGGAACAGAGACACACACCAGCGAGGACGAGGGUGAGCCUAUUGAAGCCAUUGCCAAGUUUGACUACGUCGGGCGCUCUUCUCGAGAGUUGUCUUUCAAGAAGGGCGCCUCCCUGCUGCUGUAUCAGCGGGCAUCUGAAGACUGGUGGGAGGGGAGGCACAAUGGGAUUGAUGGCCUGGUGCCACACCAGUACAUUGUAGUCCAAGACAUAGAUGACAACUUCUCAGACACUCUGAGUCAGAAGGCUGACAGCGAGGCCAGCAGUGGCCAUGCUGGGGAGGAUAAAUGCUCAGGAAAAGACAUCGGUUCACCCAAUGACACCAGGAUCUCUGAAGCCUUCAUCACCAGACACAGGAAAAGAUCAGAUCCACCUUCUCGACGGCCACCUGCCCGUCCCAGUGAUGUCCACUGCAUGGUGCAUACCUCCCAGCAGAGUCAUAGUGGACAUGGUGGGACUCCAGAGAUGGGCUCACCAGUUCUAGGCCACUUCAGCCCACGGGACAUGCUGCGAAGUCGCAACCACGUUCCCAUAGACAGCCCUGAGCGACGGCGCCGCGCUGGCCACAGCAGUCUGACGAAUAUCAGUCGUCACGAGUCCCUGAAGAAGAUGGAGAGCCCACCCAUUCGACGUUCCACCUCCUCGGGCCAGUACACAGGCUUUACCGAUGCCCAUCACCACCACCACCACCACCACGGCGGCAAGCCCCUGGACCCGGAGACCAUCGCACAGGACAUAGAGGAAACUAUGAACACUGCUCUGAAUGAGCUGCGAGAGCUGGAGCGGCAGAGCUCAGCCAAGCACGCCCCCGACGUGGUGCUGGACACCCUGGAGCAGCGGCAGACCUCCAGCAGCAGCGGCGGAGGUCCGACACCGGCCAGCUCCAGUGAGUCCCUCAGCCCCAUCCACGGCGUCAUGCUGAGGUCAACUGCCAACACUGAGCUGCCCACCCGCCGCAGCACCAGCUCCUCCAAUGAGUCUGUGAGCACGUUCAAGCCCGUGGUAGCACCACGCAUGGGGGUGCAGCUCAAACCCCCCGCUUUGAGGCCCAAGCCCAUGGUCUUACCAAAAUCAAAUCAGGCCCCUCAGCCUCCUGCUAAUUCUUCUCAGGACCCUCUGGAUAAGUCCUGCACCAUGUAACCUCCAGGGCGGGAAUCGGAGAAUGUAAAUCAAAAACUCUCAAUCUAGUUCCCAAGGGACUGUGAAAUGCUACCAGUGUUUACAGUUCUCAGAGAGAGUACAAGUAAUAUCCAAGAGUGUGUAAAAUACUUGGCCCUGGAUUGGAGACAUUUCUUUUUGAUGGUUUGAAGCUGAAAACAAGAAUUUAAAGAGGAUUAGAUCUGAGUUAUUGAUGUAGGAGUUGUAGUGAAGACAGAUUUGUCAGCCAGAUAAGUCUGUUGUCUCAGAUUUGUGUUAAUAUGCUUAGGUAAUAUUAAAUAACAGAUAUCUUUUAUUUAAAAAAAAAAUUAAAACAACAAAUCACAAAGGCUUCCGGAAAGUUUUAGAAAAUGUACACAUUAGUUUAGUUUACAGGUGAUAAUGAACUGUAACUCUGAACAACAUAUGGUGCAUGCAGUUCUUGAACCUGUGGUGAGAACUGUAGUGACCACAGGGGUUAGGAACUAGAUUUUUCUUUCCCUUAUAUCUAGAAUGGCCUUCGGAGGUGUUGUGAACCAGUACAUAGGCCUUUCAGACUUGUGACCGAUUUCAAAUGUUCAUUAAUAGAAAAGGUGCUGUGACUUGCUGGGCAGAAAGAGUUUUAAAGUCGGAGCCUAAAGAGCCCUUUACAGAUGAUUUAUUAACGGUACUCUGUUAAUAAAUGAAUAGUACUGACACCAGUAUGCUUUUUUUCCACUCGCAUGUAAACUGCAGCUUUCUUCAGCAAAGCAUGCCAUCUGUUGUGUUUCGUUAAGUACAAAGAUCACCUCUGUGCUGGCUUCACUCAGAUUUAUUUAAGCAUAUUGCCUGGAAUGAGAGAUGAUGAUUGGAUAAAACCACUACUGCUUUAUGACUUUUACGUCUGAACAUUUUGAUCCGUUCAUAAAUUCCUGCAACGUUAUCUUAGGUUGCGGGAAGAAAUGCGCCUGAUAUGUGUUUGGCUUUGCAUCUGUGUAACCUUUAGGGAGAAAAUGAUGAUGAAAAAUAUGUUGUUAUACUGCGUGGACUACAUGCCAUAGCUUCCUUUUAUGCCUUGUUUGGCUUUAUUUACCCAAAGACACGAGUUUAUAAGUCAAAGCACGGAUACUCAUCCUUCAUGUUUAGACUCAAGGUGGCGCCCUGUGGUUGUGCUGCCAGUAGCCAUGGACCUGAUGACUGUUAGUUGUAAAAGCCUCCUAAUACGUUCCCCCUGCUUCCUGUGCUUCUCUUUGCAAAGGUGUUUGAAAACAGCAGCUUGCUUUGAGUCCCUCUAGUCUGUUUUAUAUUUGGGAAUGAAUGUCAAUAAUGUUUGCAUACUGCUCUCAGACUGACAUCGACGCUCUCGCGCAUUUACCGAUUUGUGUGGAUGAUACUUAGAAGUGCAUGAAAAGAAAUGGGCUACGUGGGUCAGUCAGCUCCUAUAUAAUUAUUUCAAAAUGCAAAAGCCUCAUAAAAUUGUAUGUGCCAGACUUCCAGUUUUGUGGCUGCACCCCUGUAUGUCUCGGUGUACUGUAGAAAUAACAGAGCUGGGUGCAUGUCACUGGAGUGUUUGGCUAGUAUAGUUACAUAUAGAAAAGAGUUUGGUAGUUAGGUUGCAGUGCAUAAGCAAUGCUCUCUAACAGCAGGUUUACACUAUCUUUGACUUGACAAAUAUUAUAUGUAUAAAUAAUUAAAGGUUAAUUAAUUUCUGAAUUACUAACUUUCAUUAUUUUUGUAAUCUUCUUUUUGUUAUUUGUUGUGUUUCUGGGUAGAAAUCACUUAGAAGAUAUGAUGUAGAAUAAAUAUCCAGAGAUACAGGUGUCCCACCUAUAGUGUGAAGCCAGUUGUGUAUAUAAAAAUGUGUUUUUGUCACUAUGUAACAUCAGCAACAGUAGGACUCAAGUUAUGCCGUCUGUAGGCUUUAAGCUACUCUGUGGUGUUAUGUACAUCUGUAUUCUGUGAAAGUGCCUUUGGAAAUGUUUUAGAGGAACUUCAGACACUCUGCCCGGUCGCAUAUUAGAUGCCGUGUUUUUGAGAAAAUGCAGUGCAGGAUGAUGAAGUGUGUAAGAAAUUAUGCCAUUUUCCAAACAGUUAUAUGGCAGAAUUGAUAAUAAAUAAACAGCUUACUCAAUGUGACAUUGCACUUUUAUGUAUAUAACUGUAUAUAUGGCAUGUAAUAUCAUAACGUUUAGAGUUCAUUCAAGGAUUUCUUUCUAAUAAAGUAAAUAGUUUGUCGACCCUG